AUGUUUUCUUGUGUUUUCUCUCAAGGUCUGAUGAGGUUCAAAGAUGAAAUCAUGGAAAAAAUAAGAAACCAUCACUCAUCCAAGGACAUCGACAGAGUGUUAAACUCUAAAUCAAACCCAAGAUAUAGGAAAAUCUGCUCCUUUAAUGUUACCAGACCAGAGGAUUAUCUUCAGUUCAGGGCUCUGAAUUUAAACAAAUUAAGAGCCGUUAGUCGUCUCAGAGUAGCAAGUAAAGAUUUUAUGAAAAUAUACUUAAAAGAUGCUACUUUGACUAUUAAAUUCAGUGAGGUAUGUGGUGCAUGAAACUGCCUAGUAACUGACCCGGUAACUCAUUUUCUGAUCCAAUGUAUCAAGUUCAAUGAGCCAAGAAAUAAGUACUUGAAGGCAUUUAUCACUGAAUCCAGAGAAGAUGCUAGUGUGGAGGAGAUACUGAAAAAAGACACUACGAAAAAAAUAAACCAAUUGUAUUUUUUCAUACAGGGCUGUUCAUUGAACUGUUACGUGGUAAAGUUAAUCAUAUAUUAAUGCUUAUUUAUAUUGUCAUUU